UAUUUUUGCCAAAUGAAAAAUAUAUAAAUAAUGAUAAUAAUUCUUCGAAACUAACGGUUUACCUUCAUUGCUAUCAAGUCUAAGGACGAAGUGAUCGCCAUCAAGAUGUUACGUCUAGCGUCUCUGAAGCUUCUUCAGAGACCAACUAGCAUAGCUUGUGCUCGUCUUACCUCAGGGUCUGCAGCCCCAGAAAAGGUGGAGUUGUUUGUUGAUGACAAACCAGUUUAUGUUGAACCUGGAACCACUGUGUUACAAGCUUGUGCUGCGGCUGGAGUUGAAAUUCCAAGAUUUUGUUACCAUGAUCGUUUAUCGGUGGCAGGAAACUGUCGGAUGUGUUUAGUUGAAGUGGAGCGAUCAGCAAAGCCUGUUGCAUCAUGUGCCAUGCCCGUUAUGAAAGGAAUGAAGGUGAAAACAAACUCUCCCAUUGCCAAAAAGGCUCGGGAAGGUGUGAUGGAAUUCCUUCUGGUCAAUCAUCCAUUGGACUGUCCAAUUUGUGACCAAGGUGGAGAAUGUGAUUUGCAGGACCAGUCUAUGGUGUUUGGGAGCGAUCGCAGUAGAUUUACAGACAUUAACUUUACAGGCAAAAGGGCUGUUGAAGACAAGAAUGUUGGUCCCCUUAUAAAAACCAUUAUGACACGUUGCAUUCACUGUACUAGAUGCAUACGAUUUGCCAGUGAAGUCGCUGGAGUGGACGAUCUGGGAACAACUGGGCGUGGUAGCAACAUGGAGGUCGGCACAUAUGUUGAAAAAAUGUUUCGGUCGGAACUCUCUGGUAAUGUCAUUGAUUUGUGUCCAGUUGGCGCUUUGACAUCCAAACCUUACGCCUUCACCGCUCGUCCUUGGGAGAUUAGGAAAACUGAAAGUAUUGAUGUUAUGGACGCAAUUGGUUCCAAUAUUGUUGUGAGCACAAGGUCCAAUGAAGUGAUGCGGAUUCUGCCACGGAUGAAUGAGGAAAUAAACGAGGAAUGGAUUUCUGACAAGACUCGGUUUGCCUAUGAUGGUCUGAAAAGGCAGCGUCUGACUGUCCCUUACAUUAAGAACAGCAAUGGUGUGUUAGUCCAGACUGAUUGGGAGGACGCUUUGCAUACUGUAGCUGAGAAGGUGAAUGCUGUGUCUGAUGACGAAAUAGGUGCUGUUGUUGGGGGUAUGGCCGAUGCUGAAUCUCUCAUUGUUUUGAAAGAUUUUUUGAACAGGCUGGGCAGCGAAGCACUUUGCACUGAGGAGAGUUUCCCAAUGAAUGGUGCUGGCACUGAUAUUAGGUCAAACUAUCUACUCAACACAACCAUUGCUGGGAUUGAGGAGGCAGAUCUUGUUCUUUUGAUUGGUACCAACCCUCGAUAUGAAGCACCACUCUUUAAUGCUAGACUCAGAAAAUGCUGGAUACACAAUGACCUUGAAGUAGCGAUGGUGGGAACUCCAGUUGACCUAACCUUUGAAUACCAGCAUCUUGGUGAUUCAACAGAUGUUUUAAAACAACUCGCUAACGGCAGCCAUCCCUUCUGUAAGACAUUGAACUCUGCGAAAAAACCAGUCAUUGUUGUCGGAAGUGCAUUGUUACAAAGGUCUGACAGUGCAGCCAUCCAUGCUUUGGUGACCACCGUUGCCCAGAAUGCUAGGGUCCAGUGUGGCAGUGGAGAUGACUGGAGGGUGCUUAAUAUCUUACAUCGGGUUGCCAGCCAGGUAGCUGCAUUGGACAUAGGCUACAAAGCCGGAGUGUCAUACAUUCGAGAAAAGAAACCCAAGGUUUUGUUUAUGCUUGGAGCUGAUGAGGGUAGCAUCACAAGGGCAGACCUCCCCAGUGAUUGUGUUGUGAUUUACCAAGGUCAUCAUGGAGAUGCUGGGGCUCAAAUGGCUGAUAUCAUUUUACCUGGUGCUGCUUACACCGAAAAGGAAGCCACAUAUGUAAACACAGAAGGAAGAGCCCAACAUACAAGACUUGCAGUUUCUCCUCCAGGAAUGGCCAGGACUGACUGGAAAAUAAUCAGAGCCCUCGCACAGAUUUCUGGAGUUGGCCUGCCUUACGACGAACUGAAUGAUGUCCGAAAACGCCUUUAUGAAGUGAGUCCCAGUCUUGUACAAUAUGGUGAGACCGAGGAGGCCAAUUUCUUCAAACAGGCUCAACAAUUAGCUUCUUUAACCAAGUCUGAAUUAUUGCCUGAUCCUCUGAAACCUCAACUUACAAAGCUGAGUGAGUUCUACAUGACAGAUACCAUCAGUCGAGCAUCUCAAACUAUGUCUAAAUGUGUAAAAGCUGCCUCUACCCCAAACCCUUAUUGAUGAAGACUUUCACAUUAGUUUCUUCCACAUUCUCUAUUUAGUUUACUUUAUUCAAAAAGACUUUUUUUUUUUUUGUAAAACAAGCUCUUCUGUUGUUUAAAUUACUUCUGACCAGUUAAGACCUAAAAACCUUAUUUCUAAAACAUUCUCAGUCAAGAUUAAACUCAAGGCCUAACAGUAUUGACAAAGUCUGCCAGUUGGGGGCCCUUUACCAGCAAGCCAUUAUAAAUAACUGCUUUUACUCUUGGUAUACCAUGGCUCUACAGUCUUCUGCUGUGGCCCUCAGCUGCAGUUCCUCCUGUGUCACUUAGAAUCACCACAGCUUUGUUGAUGUUUUUGUCAGCCUUUGUUUAAAAAGCAGGAACUGUCUGGUUGAUAACCUGUCAACUUGGACUCAAUAGUAUUAUGCUGUUUCAGUUAGUGUAUAUUUGCUAGAAAGUUUUAUUCCAUAUGUCAUUUCUAUGAACCCCUGGAUAUGAAUGUAUGUAUAUAUAUAUGUGUGUGUGUGUGUGUGUGUGUGUGUGUGUGUGUGUGUGUGUGUAUGCAAAUAUAUUAUUGGAUAUACUUUAAUGAUUACACUUCGUGACUUAUAGGUUCAUGGUUUUGCAUUAUGGGACAUUUUUUUAACCAUUAUCAGACAAAGAACAAUCUUUUUGUCUGAAGAUUGUUUGGAAAAUAUUCUGUAACCUGAAACUUAUAACCACAAAAAAUAUAUAAGUAUUUCCAAUAUAUAUAUAUAUAUAUAUGUAUAUAUAUAUAUACAUACAUACACAUACAUACAUACAUACACAUACAUACAUACAUACACAUACAUACAUACACGCAGACACACAAGUGGUCAGAAAGAAAACUAGUUCUUUUUUACUCAGUUAAUACUAAAAUGUAUUUUCUUUAUUUAAUAAAAAAUAUUGUUCUCUAAUGUUAAUAAUAAUAAUAAUAAUAAUAAAAACAACAGCAACAAUGUUUUCUUUAA